AUGGGCAAGUUCCACGCCCGGUUUUAUAAGACCGACCGUGCGCGGGACUUUGAUCAUGAACAGGAUCGAUAUGUUCGCAUGCGACAGAUCUACGAGACGAUCGAUCGGCAGGGUUUCCAAUGGAUUGUGGUGCUGGUUGCUGGUCUUGGUUUCUUCCUGGACGGUUAUACUUUAUUCGCCAGUAACAUGGCCCUCCCGAUGAUCUCCUACGUCUACUGGAGAAACGAUAUCUCCUCAUUACGGCUUACAUGCAUCAACAUCUCGACAUUAGCGGGCACGCUACUCGGGCAAGUGGCCUUUGGAUUUCUGGCCGAUAAAAACGGUCGAAAGAAGAUGUACGGUGUGGAAUUGGUAUUGCUCAUCACGGCCACGCUCGGAGUGGUGAUGUCCUCCCGCGGCGAGGACGGAAGUAUGAACGUCUAUGGGUGGUUGAUCUGGUGGAGAAUCUGCGUCGGGAUCGGUGUGGGAGCCGAUUAUCCUCUCAGUGCAGUCAUUACUUCAGAAUUCGCCCCGACAAAGCAUCGCGCCCGGAUGAUGGCCACCGUCUUCUUCAUGCAACCACUCGGUCAGAUUGCCGGUAAUAUCGUCUCCGUGAUUGUGAUUGUGAUCGCCCGCAACAACAGCACAGGCGAUGAAGACCUCACCCGCACCGUGGACAUGAUGUGGCGGUGGGUUCUCGGCAUUGGAGUCGUGCCAGGUGCAAUCGCUACUCUUUUCCGAUUCGCCAUUCCAGAAAGUCCCCGUUACCUCGUCGAUAUCGAAGACGACCCUGUUACUGCCGAAUUCGACGCAACAACCCUGUUUAGUGAAAGUCCUGGAAUGGUACAGUCCUCGAGCUGGGGCUCGGGCAGUGCCAUGCAAUUACCGCCGAUUGCCUCAAUUGCUAGUACCAGCUCGAUCAUCGAUGACGAUGAAGAAGAGCUGACUCGUCUCCCACCCGCUACACUGAACUCCCAUUGGCGACUCGCACGUACUGACAUUGUCCGGUACUUCUGGACAGAGGGUAACUGGCGCAGUUUAGCCGGUUGUUCUAUUGCGUGGUUGCUUCUCGAUUUUGGGUUCUACGGAAUCGGCCUCUCGAGUCCUCAAUUCUUGGCCAAGACUUGGGGUGCACUUCAUAUUUCUACCGCGGCACCAAACUGGAAGACUGAUGAUCGUCCCAACGCGAACAUCUUCCAGAUGUUCUUGGAUACCUCCGUCCGCGGGUUGGUAAUUCUCAAUGUGGGCAGCUUCGUCGGAGGAAUCCUUCUCAUCAUUUUCGCGCAUCGUCUUGAUCGUGUCGCCCUUCAAAAAUACAUGUUCCUCGCUCUUGCCGCUCUUUUCAUCGCGCUAGGAACGAUGUUCGUCUGUCUUUAUUCUGGCCCCCCUGCCGUUGUGACAUUAUACAUUCUCGGACAAGUUCUGUUCAACUUUGGUGAGUCCGAUCUGAAGCACACUGAAAGCAACCUCGUACUUACCAUCACAGGCCCCAACGCAACAACAUACAUGAUCCCCGCAGAAAUCUUCCCUACCCGAUACAGAGCAACCUGCCACGGCCUCAGCGCCGGCGCAGGAAAACUAGGCUCAAUUCUCGUUCAAAUCUUCUCAACAUACUACCGUUUCGGCGGAGCAGGCGAUGAUUCAACACGCAAGCACGGCAUCGUUCUCCUUGUUUUUAGCGCUUGCAUGAUCAUCGGCGCAGCAGUCACUCACUUCUGGAUUCCGCCCAUUCAACAAAAGCGCAAUGGUCGCAGUAAGCUCUGGGGUGGAAAGCCCGAGACGCUUGAAAGUCUGGCUCUGGGCCGUAUGGGUCGAAAGAGUCGAGAUGCCAAUCUCAGGAAACGGGCUUCUAGGCAUCGGGCGAUGUCCUUGAGUGGUUGA